AUGUUGAAUGUUAACAUAUUACCCAUUUUACUUUUAACACUACAUAUAAAACCUAUAUGUCGCCACCACCAUCGCCACCUCCACCACCCACCACCAGCGCUACAUACCACCACCACCACAACCUCCACUGCCACCCACCACCAUGAGUACCUCCGUUACUACCACCCUUCGCCCACUAGCACCGUCACCUCCACCACCACACACCACUGUCGUCACCACCCACUACAAUCACAUCUGCCACACCCACCACUGCCACAACCACCCACCACCACCACUGUCACCAUCACUUGCCACCUCUACCACUACACCACCUCCCCCUCUACCACUACGACCAUACCACCACUGACAUCAUCUCCGCCACCACCACCAACACCUCUGCCACCACCCUCAUCACCACCACCGUUGCCACCACCAUUGCUACCUCCACUACUACACCACCCACCACCUCUUCCACUACUCAUUGACAGCCACCAUCGUUAUCACCUCCGCCACUACCCCAGAUCACCUAUGUCGCCAUCAACACUAGCAUUGUCGUCGUCAACAUCACUCUCACGAUCACCUACCAUUUUCUACCAACCAAACAUAAUAUGGAAUUGUAUUCAAAUUUCAUUUCUACAAACCAAACAGAAUAUGGAAUUGAAUUAG